UCGUAUAGAAAGCAAAACCCUUACAGUUGCAGUUUAUCGCCGUUGAGUUAUCGAAAACGACGGAGGAGAACAAGUUUGUUCAUCGGAGAAGAAGAUGGUUAAGAGAACCCAACAACCCGCGAGAGAUUCAAAGCAAGAAGCUAAAGAUGUAAACAAAUCAAAGAACGGUCUGUUCGCUUCUUGCACCUUCUCCUCCCUCGGCCUAGAUCCCAAACUCUCCGACCAGCUCCAAGAAAGGAUGGGUUUUGAAGCUCCUACGCAUGUACAAGCUCAAUCUAUUCCCGUUAUUCUCUCCGGUCGAGAUGUACUUGUUAACGCUGCAACUGGAACUGGUAAAACUAUAGCUUACUUGGCACCAAUCAUCCAUCACUUGCAAGCUUAUUCUCCCAAGGUUGAUCGUUCUCAUGGAACUUUUGCUUUGGUGAUUGUGCCGACACGGGAGCUAUGCCUUCAGGUGUACGAGACUUUGGAGAAGCUGCUGCAUCGGUUCCACUGGAUUGUCCCUGGUUAUGUGAUGGGAGGCGAGAAGAAGGCUAAAGAAAAGGCUAGGCUAAGGAAAGGGAUAUCUAUUCUAAUUGCAACCCCAGGACGCCUUCUUGACCAUUUGAAGAACACAGCUUCAUUUGAGCACAAGAAUCUUCGAUGGGUCAUCUUUGAUGAAGCUGAUUGCAUUCUCGAAAUGGGUUAUGGGAAGGAGACGGAACAGAUCAUUAAGCUUUUAGGUUCUAGACAAUACGAGGAAGGGGAUGAUGAUGAUGUUGUUGUACCAAAGGGAGCUCAGAAACAGACCUUGUUACUCUCAGCAACACUGAAUGAGAAAGUUAACCACCUUGCAAAACUUAGUUUGGAUGAUCCGGUGAUGAUUGGUCUUGACAACAGCAAAACGCAACAAAAGCAGCUGCCAAUAGAGUCUCCAGCCUCUCCUGAUUCUGAUGAGGAUGAGAUGGUGAUUCACGUAAACAAAUCAGCAAAUCCUUCAUCUGAGGACUAUGGUAUACCAUCGCAGCUUGUGCAGAAAUAUGUUAAAGUGCCGUGUGGUGCACGGCUUGUGGCGCUUCUUUCUGUACUCAAGAACCUCUUUGAGAGGGAAGCUUCUCAAAAGGUGGUUGUAUUCUUCUCAACACGUGAUGCUGUAGAUUUUCAUCACUCGCUUCUGAGUGAAUUCCAGUGGCCACCAAAGUCCGAGACACAAGAAGAGGAGGAGGCGACGAAGCAGCUGUUUCUCAAGUGCAAAACGUUCCGGCUACAUGGAAGUAUGGAGCAGGAGGAUAGAAGAUCUGCGUUUGCGAACUUCAAAGCAGAGAAACAAGCUCUUCUCUUGAGUACUGAUGUUGCUGCUAGAGGUUUGGAUUUCCCAAAAGUAAGAUGUAUUAUACAAUAUGACUGUCCCGGGGAAGCUACUGAGUAUGUGCAUAGAGUUGGUAGGACAGCUCGUAUUGGUGAAAAGGGAGAAGCCUUGUUGUUUCUACAGCCUGUUGAGAUAGACUAUCUUAAGGACCUUAAGAAACAUGGUGCAACACUUGCAGAGUACCCUCUUCUCAAAGUACUUGAUAAGUUUCCGCUACUUGGCAACAUGCCUCGCAUCAAGAAGGUUAUAUCCCUAGAAUCACAUCCCUGGGUCAUUUCUCUGCAGAGAGCUCUUGAGUUCUUUACCUACGCUGAGCCGAAGAUGAAGAACCUGGCAAAGAAUGCGUUCGUCUCUUGGGUUAGGGGAUAUGCAGCUCACAAGGGAGAGCUCAAGAGCAUCUUUGUGGUGAAGAAGCUUCACUUGGGUCAUGUAGCCAAGAGCUUCGCUCUGAAAGAGCAACCUUCGUUGGUUGGAAAGUCACACCAUAAGGAAACAAUGAAGCGGAAAAGAGACGAACGCCAGAGAGGGCAACACCCAAAGAAGAGAAAGAAGAUGAGUGGUGGCAAUAGUAGAAGUACAACAAAAACUUGAUCAAAUCCGUUUCCCCACCACAAACAAUGGCAUUAAGUUUUGUAAUGAGAGCAGUUUUGCUUAACGAAAAUUUUGAAGUAUUUAAAUGGUUAAAAACCUUAUCA